AUGGUUGAACUUGAUCGAUUCUUUCCUGAUAAUGAAUUAAUUCCUGUUGUAUCAAUUUACAUUGAUACAUUAGCUCAAUCAGUCAACUCACUAGUUUGUUUCCAAACAGGACAGAAUCGUUUUGCGAAUACAUCACUUAUUACAUAUACUAUUGAACAAUCACCAAUUCGUCUUAUUGAUCAGAUAAUAACACUAGUUUUGUUACAAUUAAGCAAGAAAGAUAGGUGUAUACCAUUUAGUGUUGGUCUACAUUAUUAUGAAUAUUUGAAAACAAGCAAUACUCCAACAAGAUCAUAUGUUGAUGAUAGUAAUUAUACACUUCGAGAACUACCUACUGAUAGUGAUUGUUUUGCUAAUAUAGUUUUUUUUAUUUAUGAACAUGUACAUUUAUCAUCACGAUUACCUGGAUUUCGAGUUUCAUAUAUUAUUUUAAUGUUUUCUUUUAAUGUAGAAUAA